AUGAGGGUUAGCCGGCGCAAGAACUUCAAAAAGAUAAUGCGCUUCUAUGCAGCAAACUUCGGCAUUCAGGAGCCCUACCAACUCAUUGUCGACGGGACCUUCGUGGCGGCCUGUCUUCGCCACAAAGUAAAUGCAGCAGAGCUGCUGCCGCGAGUGCUCUGCGGCAAAACCACCAUGCUGAUGACCCCCUGCAUCUUAAAAGAGCUGCGGAGCCUCCCGGGGGCCGAGGGUGCUGCUGCAGCAGCAAAGCGCUACAGACGCUACCCUUGCCAGCAUGCUGAACAAGCAGCAGCAGCAGCAGCAGCUGCUGCUGCUGAAGCUGCUGCUGCACUUGCUACCCCAGUCCUAGAUGACUCAGAUGCAGCAGCAGCAGAAGGAAGCGCAGCAGCAGCAGCAGAAGGAACUGCAACAGCAGCAGUGGCAGCAGAUGAAGCAGCAGCACCAGCAAAAGAGGCAGCAGCAGCAGCAGCAGCAGUACACGAAGCUGCAGAUGCUGCAGCAGCCCCAGAGCCGCCAAAGAAGAAGAGGAGAGCAGCAACAGAAAGCAGCAGCAGCGCAGCAGCAGCAACAGUUGCAGCAGAAGAUAAAAGCGACAUGUCGAGCUCACAGCAGCAGCAGCAGCAGCAGCAGCAGCAGCAGCACAAACCCGUUAAAAGGCAGCUUUUCGCGGACAGCAGCGACGAAGGAGACUUUCCCAUCAGCAGCAGCAGCAGCAGCAGCAACUCUAGCAGCAGCAGCAGCAGCAGCAAGACCCUAAACAUCCCAAAGCAGAAGUUUCUUCACCACCCAGCGCUGGUUGGGGGGGCCCUGCCUGACGACUUCAGCAGCAGCAGCAAGAAGCAGCAGCAGCAGCAGCAGCAGCAGAGCAUACAGGCAGCAGCAGCAGCAGCAGCGCGGCACCUAGCGCAGCAGCCAGCAGCAGCUGGGGGGCCCCCCGCCGGCGCACGGGGCCCCCAAGGGGCCCCCCUGGGGGCCCCCAAAAAGGGUACAGAAGGGGGGCCCCCCCUUCCUGAUGCUUAUGGUUGUAUUGUUAGUCUUGCCAGCAGCCAGCAGCAAAGAAAACUUUGUGUUGCUACUCAAGAUCCUAGACUUAGGGAGAGACUCAG